AUGGGUGAGGGCCGCCGUACCGGACAGGUGCAGGCCGGGGUCAGGCUGGGGAGGGAGCUCAAGCAACUCCCGGGUCUGAUCCGCCUGAAGAGAGACGAAAGCCCCCUGAGCUAGGGGGACCUGCGGGGCUUCGUGCGCGCUGUGGAGGGGAGUGCGCAGGGCGCGCAAAUCGGUGCCGUGCUAGUGGCCAUGCCACUGGGAGGCAUAGAUCUGAAGAAGGAAGUGGUGCUGACCCAGGCCCUGGCCAAGUCUGGGCAGCAGCUGGAGCUGCCAGAGGCCUUCUGCCCGCAACUCAUGAACAAUUCUACAAGGGGAGUGGGUGACAAGGUCAGCCUGGACCUGGUACCUACCCGGCUGGCUAUAGGCUACAAGGUUAGAAGAUGCCUCCUCUCCAGACCAGAACGUCUGACCUCAAAGAGGUCAGUUAGCAGCCUACAGGCAAUCUCCAACUUCAAGCCUGGCCUAGACAAAGUCCCCCAAAGAUGGGGUCCAGGCUUCUCACCCCCAGGAUGGAAUCUAGGUUCCCCCCACCCCACCAGCCCCCCAAGAAUGGUGGAGGUGGAGGAGGAGGUGUGCAGGUGUACUCAGCAUCCCUGCCCAGCAGGUACCAAUGAUCAACGGAUGUGGUUUGAGGUACCCUGGUGGGGCAGGGAGGGGUGGGGCCGGGGAGGAAGCCCUGCCAAUAAACUGGAGUCUAUUCCUGGAUUCACCCUCAUCCGGAGUUAAGAGCAGGUGCAGGUGGGCCACUGUCCUAUGGGUCAGGGCAAGAAGCUGGUUCCUGUGGAUGGACUCCUGUAUGAAGCCAGAGUGUCAGUCACCAUUGACACCCUGAUAGUCAUCACAGGUAACCUGACCUCAGACUCCAGGUCUACUUCCUGCAUGUUAAAGACCCCUGACCUCGUUAUAAACCUAUUCUUAAGUAGACAGCACAACUUUUAUUUGGUGUUUCUGAAAAUGAAUCAUCUCACUUCUCACACGCCACGUCUCCGAAAAAGCUCCAGACCCCUCUGCGUCACCACCCCCUCCGUCCUCAGCCAUAAGAUGGUGGACAGCCCAUCCCCUCCGGUGGUGGACUUGAAGUAUUCCCCAGUCACACCCACCAGCUGGCAAGAGUCCUGGGGAGCACCUGUGCCUGCUGGAGUUCGUGUGUCCUAUGGGAAUCCCAGUGUGGCUGUGGCCUGUUUGGGUAGGUCUUCUAACGUGAGCUCAACUUCCCCUUCAUGACUCUGGCAGUCUGGUCCCAUGUGCCUCUUGGGAGCUGGAGGACCGCCCGGCCCAGGGGCGCUUCGAGUGGAUGCCCGGGAGAAGAGCCUGGACCUGGGCCUGGCUCCAGGCCUAUGCUCCCGGGCCCCCGCGCCAGGAGGAGGAGCUGCACGUGCCCGUGGACAGUGGGCGCCGGGAGACCUCCGUCCCUCCCCACCAACCCAGGCCCCUUCCCUUCUCCGAGUUCCCAUCCCCUUUCCUUCCCCGAGCCCGGAUUCUCACCCCUGGCCCCCCGCCUCCGGCCGGCACCGCGCAACUCAUCCGGGCGCAGCCACGCGAGGCAUCCACUCCGGCGGGAGGUGGAAGCUGAACUGCAGGUCGGCGUGGGCCAGAGGCUGGCCCUGCAGGGGUCGUCGUGCCCUCGAACCGCGCGCCCUUCGCCACCCCCUCGUCCUUCGCCGACCUCUUCCCGCCGCCGCCCGCGCGCGCCGAUCGACACACUGCGGAACAGACCGCCGCGGCGAAACCGCAGGAAGGCCGGCGAGACCGAGAGGAAGUGGGGGAGUGGCUCCGAGGGAAGCCGGGCCGCCG